AGAAAGUAAUUAUAAUUGUUUUUUUUUUUACUUUUGUGUUUGUCGUUAACUACUUUAUACUCCUUGGGCUUAGUAUAUUUUCCGAACAAACCCUUGAGCCUAAAAUUUAUAUCGGGCCUGGACUAAGCCCACGUUGCUCUAAAUCGUACCACUCUAUUUAAGGAUACGACUUGAUUUUGAUACCACGUUUUAUUGCAUUGGUGAUUAGAGAUUUUUGAACCCAAAAAAAAACGUCGUGGGACUUCUAAUUUUUGGUCUUUCUUUGUAUUUUAUUGUCGAUAAAGGUUGAUUUGUAUCUGGGCCUAUUGAGCCUCUUUGUAAUUUUUUUGCAUCAUGGGCUUUAUUAAUGCUUUAAUAAAGAUGACAAAAAGGUUGAUUUUUGGAUAUUUUAACAGAUUUUCUCAUUAUGUGUAACCUCUCUAUAUCAAUGUAUUACUCUAUUUUUGCCAUAACCUAGUUUACCUAAAUAAACUAAUUAGGAGAAGAGACUUAUGAAAAAUAAAGCAUAAGUAUAUUUAGUUUUUAUUAAUUUUGAGGUGUUGGAGGUGUCGUGGUGUAACUUCUCAAAAGAGAUGGAGGCUGCUAAAGACUUGGAUGAUCUUUUGCCAGCACAUGAGAAGUACCUCAGCUCCAUCGUUGGGAAGUCUCUUCUGGGAGAACAGUCGCAGACCAUCCGCAAAUCACUCUUUGUUCUCUUUGAGCUUAUAUUACGGUUCAGGAGUCAUGCAGAUCGUUUGUAUGAAGGAAUCUACGAGAUGCAAAUAAGAACUAAAGAGUCAGGACGAGGAAGAAACAAAACGCAGGAGUCAAGUUCAUGGAUCAGUGAAGGUAGGAAGGCUAUAACACAGCGUGCUGGAGAAUUUCUUCAAAGCAUGAGUUAAGAUAUGGACAGUAUUGCAAAGGAAUCCACAACCUCAUUAGAUUCGUUCCUGUCUUUACUGCCGCUCCAACAAACUGUAGAUCUCAAGUUCCUCUUCUUCCGGCUUGUCUUCACUGAGUUCUACAGCCGGUUGCAUGCGAAAGGAAAAGAAAGUUGAAAGAGUAUCGAGUUUAGUUGAAAAGCAUAUUCCACAAUAGCAAGGGAAGAAGACAUGCUCUACUUUGACUAAUCGCUGACUGCAGCAUGGGCUUGCAGAGGAUCUUUUCUUGAAUUUAGGUGCAUAGAAAAAUCUGUUUCUUAUUUAUGAGACAGUCUCAUAGAUCUUCUGUGUUUUGAAUGGCUUGUUUCAUUGUUUGUGAUUCGGAAACAGAUUCUUUGUUGGUAAAAUGGGGAAGGUUUGUGUAUGAAUGUGUGCCAUCAGUCUGAUAAUCUGCAGCUUUAGUUUAUUUUUUGUGGUUUCUCCAUGUAGUUUCUGUAAGCUCUAUUUGAGCUUUCGCUGAUUUGAAUUUGUGAUUUAUUUGAUGAAAAGAAAUCACACAUACGGCAUGAACUUAAGUACUACUGAUCUCUGUUAGAAAAGCAUCAGCGUUCAUUUGGCAAGUCAGAGACAAUCAGACAGCAACAGGUUGGAGGCGUGGCUUACCACACAAAAAAAAAAAUACAAAAGAGAAA